GUCGAUCGGCUCCUGCUCCGCUCACACACAGUUAAGCUUCUCCGUUGUUUCAGGACGCAAAAGGGGAAAAAAUCGAAUCCUUUUCUCUCCCAAGCUAAUACUAGGGUUUCUAAUUCUCCGUUCCGUCAAGGCUUCGAAUAGGAAGUGAUUGCAUUAAGAGAGAAGCAUUGGGGGAGGGGUAAAGAUGAGUUUCACUCAGGCUAAUUGUUUUCGACCAUCAUACUCUCCUUCAAGGCAAACAAGACCAAAUUGUAUCUCCAGUGUACCUAUUAGGUCUUCUUCACCACGCUUUGAUCACUGCCCUCGUACCACAUUUGCAGUUCGAGCUACUGCUUCAGUGUCUACUCAGUUUUCCCCUCUUCUUAAUCAUCAGCGUCGUCGUUCACCUACUGGUAAAUCAAAGCAGAGUCCUGCUGUGUGCUUGUUUGGUGGGAAGGAUAAACCUGAUGGUAGUAGUGACGAGAUAUCACCAUGGAAAGCAAUAGAGAAAGCUAUGGGGAAGAAAUCAGUUGAAGACAUGUUGCGGGAGCAGAUACAGAAGAAAGAUUUUUAUGAUACAGACAGUGGUGGCAACGUUCCUCCACGUGGAGGAGGUAGUAGUGGCGGUGGUGGAAAUGGUGAGGAGCGUCCUGAAGGGUCAGGAGGAGAAGAUGGUGGUCUUGCUGGGAUUGCAGAUGAAACCCUGCAAGUGGUUUUAGCGACCUUUGGCUUCAUCUUUUUGUACACCUACAUUAUCACUGGGGAGGAAUUGGUCAAGCUUGCAAGGGAUUACGUUAAGUUUCUCAUGGGAAAACCUAAGACUGUUCGAUUGACCCGAGCCAUGGAUGGUUGGAAUGAAUUUUUGGAGAAGAUGUCGACGCAAAAAGUGUAUGAUGAGUAUUGGCUAGAAAAGGCGAUCAUCAACACGCCAACCUGGUAUGACAGUCCUGACAAGUACAGACGUGUCCUCAGGGCUUAUGUGGGGGGAUCAAAUUCUGAUCGAGACUAUGUGGACGCUAAUCCUGAUGAAGACUAUGUGGACGCAAAUUCUGAUGAAUAGUCCUUGGCACUUUUGCCUUUGUUACACAACAAUGUGAGGUGUCUUACUAGGUUAGGAACAGGAAGAGAUUCGUAAUAACAAUUUGAGGUUUUUUCUCAGUGUUCAGCUUAUGUUUGAAAUUAAGAAUCAGUUUAUGGAAUUGGUAUUAUUAUUAUACAUGAUCAUCAUAUCA